AUGACGGAGCGGACUUUGGAAAAAGAGAAGCACAUCAAGUAUUGGCAGCGAUGUCUCAACUCUCUGCUCCCAACCGUCUACACUAGCACAGACUCGUCGCGCAUGACACUGGCCUUCUUCAUACUGUCUGCGCUGGAUCUCCUAGGCGCCGGCUCCUCAACUUUUCCUGAGCAGGAUCGCACAAGAAUUCGAGAAUGGGUUCUCAAGAGCCAGCAUCCGAACGGUGGGUUCUGCGGAUCUCCCAACCAUCGGUUUCCUGACCAGUAUUAUGUUGAUGUUGGCAACGGGAUACAGCAGAUGGACCCUGCGAAUCUGCCAGCAACUUUCUUCGCGUUGUUGUGCUUGAGUUUCGUCGGAGGACUAGAUAGAGUGAACAGGGCUAUAUGUCUCAACUGGCUGAGGACUCUGCAGAGGAAGGAUGGUAGUUUUGGAGAACUAAUUACACAGGAUGGAUCUAUCGAGGGUGGGAGAGACAUGAGGUAUUGCCAGACUGGUAUGGCGGUCCGAUGGAUUCUGGGGGGCGAUACAGCAGACAAACAAGACGAUGUUGACACUGAAAGUUUAGUGGAUCAUAUUCGGGCUGGACAGACUUAUGAUGGUGGAUUCUCGGAGUCCUCUGAACAUGAAGCGCAUGCCGGGUAUACAUAUUGCGCCAUAGCAGCCCUCUCGCUCCUCAAUCGACUUCCCAGUUCAUCGUGUAAAUAUGCAAGUACAGAUACCGUAUCUGUCCUCGCAGACCACACUGCGACUAUCGGAUGGCUUGUGUCGAGACAGGUGGGCUAUUUAGAUGAGGAAGAAGAUGAAGAUGAAGAUGAGGAGGAGGAGGGGGACCAAGAACAGGCAAGGCGACCCAUUGUGAACCUGGCAGGUGUAUACGAAGACGACCCUCAGGCUACAAGCUUUGAGCAGCAUGAAUUUGUCGGACUUAAUGGUCGCUGUAACAAACCGGUUGAUACCUGCUAUUCUUUUUGGGUUUCUGCAUCCCUCAGUAUUCUUGGAAGAGACAAUACUUCUCUGUUAGAUACCAAGGCCAUUCGUAGAUUUUUGUUUCACAAAACUCAACACGCUAUCGGAGGAUUUGGCAAAAUACCAGGUAAUCCGCCAGACAUUUACCAUUCAUAUUUGGGACUUGCGGCAUUGUCAAUAAUGAAAGAACCGGGUCUCAAACCGUUGGAUCCGGUACUCUGUGUUAGUACGGAGCAAAGGGAAACCAUCGAAGAUUUUCGGAGCAGGGUGAGGGUGUCGACUAGGGCCUACUGGAAACACGGACAUUGUUUCUCGAUUCGGGAGGACGACCCCGAAUUCGAGAAAAUCAUGGCUUCAAACGAGGUGCCCCCAAACACAUGA